UCCUGCAGUCGCAGCUUACGCUCCUGCGUAGUGUUUGCUACCAAUAUACUCGGAGUACCGAAAGUAGCGGUAGUAGUAGUAGUGGUAGUAGGAAUACUGGUAGUAGUAGCGGUAGCGGGUACACGGAGUACUGCCCGGCCCAUCUGGCUCGCGGCGCCACAUUAAUUAAGAAGUUUCGCUGCUAAGCGUCCGCAGGAUGACGGCGGAUCUGACAUGUCCCGUCGCGCUGCUGUAGGCCUCCACACUCCCUGCAGGUCAUCCGAUGGGUCAGGCGUUGUGGAGGCUCCCACCCAGACAACAGCAGCAGCUGCAGGAGGAGUUGGCGGACCAGCUAGCAGAGCAGCAGGGAGAAGGCAGGAGAGAACAAGCAAGAGAAGGAGGCUCCCAAAGAAAAGUCCCCCAAAACUGCCAUGACACAGGAACCGACAUCUAUCAGCUACUAAGAGCAUGCAGGGGAGGUAAAGAGCAGCGUGGCUUCAUAGACUUGGAGAUGUUGCCCCCUGAGCUGGGCAUUACCAUCCUGUCCUACCUGAAUGCUACCGACCUGUGCUUGGCCGGCUGUGUGUGGCAGGACCUGGGACACGACGAAUACCUCUGGCAGGGGCUGUGUAAGUCUACGUGGGGUCACUGCUCCAUCUACAACAGAAGAGUUCCAGCUGGUUUCUCAUACAGGAGGUUAUAUCUACAACUAGAUGAAGGCAGUCUGACCUUCAACGCCAACCCACAAGAGGGUAUUAGUUAUUUCAUGUCUAAAGGUAUACUAGUGGACCAUCCUCGAGAGCUCGCCAAGUUUAUCUUCUACACCAGACGACUUAACUGGAAGAUGCUCAGAAUUUACCUAGAUGAGAGGCGUGAUGUCUUGGAUGAGCUGGUGACCCUCCAUAAUUUCAGCAACCAGUUUCUUCCUAAUGCACUAAGGGAUUUUUUCAGGCACAUCCAUGCACCUGAGGAGAGAGGAGAAUACCUGGAAACCCUCAUCACCAAGUUCAGUCAGAGAUUCUGUACCUGCAACCCCACGCUGGUUAGAGAGCUGGGUCUCAAUCCUGAUGCGGUCUAUGUCUUGUGCUACAGUCUGAUCUUGCUGUCCAUUGACCUGACCAGUCCUCAUGUCAAAAACAAAAUGUCCAAGAGAGAAUUUAUUCGGAACACACGGCGAGCGGCCCAUAACGUCUCGGACGACUUUGUUGGCCAUCUGUACGACAACAUCUAUCUGAUUGGCCAUGUGGCUGCUUAGUCAGUCAGAAUGGCGAACAACUUCAAUGGCGUGUCUCCAUGGAGUGUCUCGAUGACCAGUCUUCUUACUGCACUGAAGGACAGGGAUUGGUGACUGGGCCCUGCACUGAUAUGGAAUGUAUUGAACACAAUGGAAAAGGAUUUCAGCCGGUCCAAAACAAAAGAUUUAGGUAGUUUAUAAAAUUCUUGAAAUUCACCACAACGUCGUGAAUUUCGUGCUCCCGAAAGACUUUGUUAACCUCUAAAUAUGAAUGAUAUCAGUGUGUAAUUAAAGGUGUAGAACAAUGAGUCAUGAAUCAACAGUGCUAAAACCAAGAUGUUGCAAAGGAUGGUGUUCCUAACUGGAGUGUACGUAAGAGAAGCCCCAAAAUUGCAGGACUUCUGAUUGGUGAAUGAAUGAGUGGCUGUGCUCUCAGAGGAGCUGGGCUAGCAGUGCUAAUUCUAAUCCAUCGCUGGACAAGAGCUGCUCCUCAUUAUUCGGAAUAGGAUCAGCUGUAAUGCGGUAGAGGUUUAAAUCAAAAUGCCCUAACAGCCAUUCAGUUGCACUUAACAACUUAAUCAACACUGGAAGCUAUGGUAACCCAGCAGCUAGCAUGUAGCCACAGCCAACAGUAUUGCUAAGCUAAUACAGUGCAACUGAAUGCUAGCAUAGGAAACCCAGCAGAGAACCACCCUGAGAAACAAUUUUUUAUUUUAUUUUAUAACCAAAGACAAUAUCUCAAGAGGCAUAAUUAACAGAAUUUGAUCAUUUUUUUCAGCAUUCUGGGUGAGUGACCCUUUUUUACUUAGCUUUAGCUUAAGAUUUCAAUUGAUUAAAAUUGUCACUCAAAUGGAGUUCCUUUGAUCAUAAUUCACAUUCUUAAUUUAAACCCUUAAACCCUCUCCAACUCUGGGAUUAAAUUUUAGUUUGGUCUCCACUGCUUAAGGUAUGAAGUGUCUCCAUUACUGUUGCUAUCCCCAGCUCCCUCUGCAUUUCUCUUGCUCUUGGUUUCUCUUGCUACCUCAUUAUUUCAAUAACUCGUUUUCUUCAAACACCAUUUUGUAUCCCGACUUAAAUAAGAAAACACUUUCUGGUCUCAGCAGGAGUAAACGCUUCCCAUCCCUGUCAUAUUAUCCUAAGUAUGUUUGGCGAGUCAUAUUUAAGUAAGCCAAGGUGUUAGCGCUCUACCUGUUGCGUUCUACAGCAGCUAAAUGGCCAAAAUUAGCAUAAAAAUCUAGAGGGCAUCAUUGUGCUGGGCUAUAGAUGAAAGGUCUAAGAAGUUUGGAAUAAACUAGGCAGUGAAGCACCUUUAGCAGCUCUGUAUUUCAACACGGCAUUGCUGUUGAAAUCUCGACGUGUUAGGAACCGAUCCUGAAACUCAACCCAACACUUCUGAUGCAGAGCUCCAGAUAGUGUGGUAAUGUUGCACUAUGUAAACACGUUUUCUUUCCCUUUCCUUACAGCACAGAUGACUUGGAGUACAUGUGUAACAGGCUCCACAUGAACCUUUUUUAGGACGAUUUUCAUGGAAUCCCCAGUUACUUAACAGUCAGUCCAUCGCUGUGCUCUGACCAGCCGUCUUUAAUUAGAACAUUUUCAUGACGGUUGAUCACAGCUGUUAUUCACUCAAUAAUUCAAACGCUGCUUUGUUUAAUUGUUCAUGUACAUACAUGUGUCUAUAGGUAUAAAUAUGUAUAAAUAUGAAAUUUUAGAUUUGAAUAUUUGAAAGGGUGGUAAUUGUGUAGGAGCGUUAUUUUGCACUUGUAUUAUACGUAUGAAGCAUGAUAUAUUUGUUGUGUAACAUUUAAUUACGCGACAUGUAUGGAGCAGUGCACAUGUUGACAGUCUUGAUAUGAUCCACUAACGAUGGAAACACAUGAGAUUGUAUUAUUAUUUAUUGUCAUUUGGUCCCGGAUAUGUAGAAGAUGAGUUUGAAUCCCUUUCACAGGUUUUCUCUGUUUUGCAGUUUUGGGUUGGAUUUAAACUUUGGAGCGGAUUAGAUAACAUGGAAAUUGAGGCAUUUAUCUGAAUUCACAUCUUUCUUUCUUUUUUUUUAGCUCAGUAAAGCUCAAAUUACAAAUGCUAUAUCAACAGUUUAUUGCAUAACAAAUGUAAAUAAACAUUUUACAG